CCUCAGAAUUUGAACUUUUGAAUUUCUUCAUUCUCUCUCAAAAACGCUCUCUUCAUCUUCUUCUUCUCCAAGCGUCUGCUUCAAUUUCUUCAGCAAAUGGGUUGCUGUCUCAGCAAAAAUCCUCCUCCAGCUUCUUCUUCUUCUCCGAUUAAUGGAUCUUGUUCCGUAAAAUCACCAGAUCUGAACAAAUCCGCCAUUGAUAAACCUCUGAAACAAGAAGCACAAGAGAAGAAGCUCACAGUAGAGGAAUCGAAACCAAAGAAUGAAGAAACAGAGAUACAAGAAGAGAAUAUCAAGCCGAGGAAAGAAGUGUUCGUGAUAAAACAUCGGAGAAGUCAUGAGAAAUCAUCGAAGACGACGACAGAUCCGGAGGAUUCUUCUGUUUCUGAUGUGAAAUCAACCGGUUCGAAUCAUAAUCCGGUUGAUGUUGAUGCGAUUUUGAUUCAGUGUGGGAGAUUGAGUCGGAGUAACUCAGCCGCUGCGAAAACUAGGAGAUAUUCUGGAUCUAAGAGGAGUUUUGAUUUUGAUCAGAACGGUGGUGAUGCGGAUGCGGAAGAUGGCGGAGAAGAAGAAGAAGCUGAGAGGCGGAUUCAUCGGCAGCGUCAACGUGGUGGAGAAUCGCCUCGGGAACGGAGAAGACGAACUCCGAGUAGAGAGAGGGAUGAUUCGAAGAGUUAUAGAUCGGGAAGUAGAGAGAGAGGAAGUGGUGGUGGUGGUAGUAGACGAGUGAGUAGAUCUCCGGGAAGAAGAUCGGAGAUAAACCCUAAUUCCAGUGGCAAUUCUGUGAAUUCGAGUAACAAUAGACCUGGGAAAUUUGUAUCUGUUCCUGCAACAGAUAAGGCUUUAAGCAACAACAAUGGAGAUGGAUCUGUGAAACGGAUUACUGUUAAGAGAAACGUUGGAAAAGCUGCGUCUCCAAGGUCUCAGUCACCGGCGAGAGCGGCGAGUCAGCCUUCGCCCUCGAAGCGGAAAACGGAGCAUUCUCCGUAUAGGAGGAAUCCAUUGGGUGAGAUUGAUCCAAACUCUGUAGCGUUUCCACUGUCUCAAGGUGAUAAAUUGGGUUCUGGUAACACCAAUUGUAACAAAAGGAUGAUGAACAGAGACAAUGAAAUUGCUCAGAAGGUGAAUCCUGUGAUGAUGAAUACGAAAACUGCUACUCAAGCGCCAAUCCGCAGAAGCGCAAGUCCGAGUCGUGCAAUCAAAGAGCAACAAGAGGCAGUCGAAGAGUGUAAGAUAGUGUUGUCAUCUGUAACUGAAUUGGCUAAGCCUCAAAUUGUGAGCAGGAGCAGAUCUUUGAGGAAAUCUCGUGAUUUCGAUUUCAGUCCCGAAGCAUUGCUCUCGAACAACAUCGACAUCAACAAUGUUAACAGUAACAAUGCAACUGCAGGAUCAACGUUUCCUUCUUACACAGCUUUGCUUUUAGAAGAUAUUCAGAAUUUCCAUCAGAAGAGUGUUAAUGUUAGUGCCUUAAGUUCAUCUAUGUCCAAGGCUUGUUCCAUUGUUGAAGCAGUUGCAGAUCUUAACUCCACUACGAAUCAACACCAAAGAACCGAGGUCAGUUUCACAUCCGCAGCAGCGAAGAAAGCGGAUCUAAUGGAACCAAGCUUUGAAAAGUAUGUGACUGUUAAGAGAGGUGGUUCUUCCUUGGAGGACAUGGAAGAGCAAGAAUCUUCAGGAAGCAACAGUUUCACGGGAAGCAGUUGCGUGGUGCAGCGACAGGGAUACUCAUCGUCUUCUUCAUGGGAACCGAAUUCAGCUGAAUCGACGGAUCGCGUGAGUGCGAGAUCAAACAAACAAGAACGUGACCGGAGUCCACUUGGUGUGAAUUUUGAGAAACAAGAGUUUGAUCCAUUGAAGAAGAAUGGUGUUGGCGUUGGACGCAAAAGAGUAGCUGUUGUUGAUUCGUCUUCUUCAGGCAAAGGUGUUCCUCAAGCAACAACAACUCGUGUUGCUGCAGUUUCAAUGUAAUAAAUAAUGAAGUCAUUGUUUCCUC